GUUCAAUCCACACGCGCGCGUUGUUAUUUAUCAUAUUUCUGGUUUAACCAUUCAAGCUCAUUAGUUAAUAGGCUUCGCUUCGUUUAAUGCUGAAGUUGUAAAAAUUCAUUUCGAGUUUUUUGCAUUCACGUUGGGCCAUGACGUCAGUGAGCGGCGAGGAUAACGCCAUUGUUGCUGAUACGUCAUCAAUUGCGAAGCAACGCGAACAGGAAACAUCAAUGACGACGCUUAUGUCGGUCAAUCAGACGCAGUCCACAACAUCCACAACAUCCACAACCUCCACAGCAUCGACGCCCACGCCACCAACAGUGCUUCCCACACGCAUACCACAUCCUGCCGUCGCAGAGGUUCCAUUCCAGCGUUCGGCGUCGAUGCGCGUACGCGGCACAAAAGCCCAGCCAUUCCCAAUCAACAACAGUUACCUUGUCAGUGGCGUCCACAACAACUUUGGCCCUGCCGGCGGCUUCAGUUCUCGCAGCAAGCUCGCACUGAGCUCAACGUUCGCCUCGCGGCCCAGUGUUUUCAAAUUGACGCGUAAUCGCAGCUUCAGCAAUUUAGGCCACAAAACGUCGGAAACGCAGUCAUCGGAGUCGAGGGAGGAGGUGCAUGCAUUAUGCAGCGCCACUCAACACCUAGGCCUGGCAGAGUUAAAGGACUUACAGACAGCAGUUGAACCGGAUGUCGAGGAAAAUAUGGCCGCCAAGUCGCGUAAUAUGUCAUUGAAUUUGAACGGCGACUGUAACAGCAAGGAGGUGGCAACGGGCAAUGGUAACGCUGUCAAGACCCCGAAAACACCGAAGACACCGUUGAGAUCGGGGACGCCGGGAAGUAGCAUACCACAUAGUUGCGUGCGACAGGCGCAUUGCGGCAAGCAUCAGGCGACCACGCCCACAACGAAACUCUCCACGGUGCCCGAAACGAGAAUCUCGCCUAAGACGCCGCCAGUAACGCCCGAUUCGCCAAGUACCUAUCUGGAUGAUGAUCUAGACUCGAUGUAUUCGUUUGCGACCACAACUUCGGGCCGUUCGACCAUGUCGUGUGAGCAUCCCUAUGUGGCCAGGAAUGGCACCACGUUCAGUGGCCGUAAAAUGAAGUACGUGGUGCACUGCUCGAAUUAUGCCGGACAGGUGGGGGCGGACUAUCUGACGCCUACGCAACGGGCGCAGCGACAGAUCAGACGACUGAAGGAGCUGCUGUGCAUAGCGCGCCAGGACUUGGAGCAAAAGGAUACGGAGAUUUUGCGUCUAACCCGCGAGGUUGUGGAGCUGCGUCUGUUCAAGGCGUCGCUCAGUUCGCCGGAGGAACGUUCCGCCUCCUCGGAUGCGGUCACGGUGCGCGAAGCGGAGCUGAAAACAUCGCAGGAUGUUUCCCCCAUCGUCGACAUGGUGGACGAGGUCAAUGCCAAGUGCAGUCCAAGACAUUUGGUUCGUCAGCAGCACCAGCAACAGCAGCAGCAGCAACUGCAGAUGUCAGCGGAGAUGCAAAGCUCGUACGCCGAUUCGGGACACUUUGAGGAUCUGACGACCUCUUCGGUGCACUCGAAGGACUCGCAGACGCAGCACGAUGCCGAUGCUUGCGCCAGCGCCACGCCAGACGCGGCCGACGGCGGCGAGACUGGCGCCAACAGCCUGGAGAACUACGAACUGCAGCGCCAGGAGCUAAUACGCAUGUACGAGCAGCGCAUCGAGGAACUGAUUCGCACCCAGGACAGUGCUGCCAGCGACUUGAAGCGAUCGCACAACGACAAGGUUGAGGCACUGCUGCAAAAACUGGCCGAAUGCAACACUCGAUACGCGGACAUUGUGCCGGACUACGAACAUGCCAAGGAACGCAUACGGGAGCUGGAAAAACAGCUCGAGGACCUGCAGCGUCGACUCGUUGAGCACGAGGAGAAACAGAACAAGAUGUACUUGCACAUGUAUCAGCAGGGACAGGAGGCGGAGCGGCUAACACGCGCCGACCAGGCGCUCGAACUGGCCCAUCGCCAGCCGGACAGCAAAGUCUCCAUUACCGAGCUGCUGCAUCAGCUGCAGAGCACCCAGGAUGAGUUGGAGAACAUACGUGCAGCAGAGUGUAGAAUGAGAGAGUGCGGCAGUAAUCAUGCCCUCCUUACUGCAAAGGAGGCGAUUUCUUUGUGGGUACUUGGCGCGCGUAAGACCAUCUAUCGUCGUUUACUGGAGGCCCAGAAGAAUCGCACCCAUGUUGAUCCGGAAGUGACGCUGCAGUUCCUUAAGAGCGCCGUCUACUAUUUCCUAACGGACAAGGAGAACUCGCAGGGUCAUCUGCAGGCCAUUGAGAGCAUUUUGGAGUUCACAGAGGCCGAGAAGCUGAAGAUCAGUCAGGCGCGAUCGCCAAAAUAAGUGGUUUUAAUUAAGCAUAAGUUAUAUAAACUAUAUAAAUACGAUUACAGCGAGUUGCACGAUUCGGUUUUAGUUUUGCUAAAUUCAUUGUUUUGUGUUCUCCUGCAUUGACGAAUUUCUUUACAAUUUUAUUUUAAAGUUCUUAAAAUAAAGUUGGUGAAUUAAGGCGCGAUUUCGUUUUCGAUUUCGAUGACAAAAAAAAAAAAAAACGUGUAAAAAAACCGCAUAAGUUAUUUAGUUAUACGCUUGUGUAUGUUUUGGUCAACAAAUUGCAUACGUCCACUAUAAAUAUUAACAAAAAUGAGAAAUGAAAAGGAAAA